CGCAUCACCGAACAGCGCGAACGCGAUGUUCUUCGAAAGUUUCUGGCUCAACUGCACCGUUGCAAUCGGCCUUAUAGCUGCCUUAACCUUCGACUAUGUCACUAAAUUCUUCAGUUAUUGGUACGUCAGACACGUGCCUUAUAAAAUUUCUGUACCUUUCUAUGGUGGUGAUUACCAUAGAAUCCUCGGGUUAAGAAGCAAUACUCAAGAAAUCAAUGCCCUAUACAAAAGUUAUAAGGAAGAUUUUGUUGGUUCGGUUAAAAGUAGAAUACCUGACUUAACUGUGAAAAGCCCAGACAUCGUAAAGGAAGUACUGUCGACAAAUUUCAAGAACUUUAAAAGCAGAGGACUCGACUUGGACAAAUCGAGGGAUGUUUGCUUAAGAAACAAUCUGUUUUACGCUGAAGGAGAAAAGUGGACCUUAUUGAGACACGGUUUAGUAUCCAUAUUGGAGGAUUUUAAAAUAUCUGAAGAUGAUUCACUUGAAUGUUUGUCAGGAACAAAUGGAGAUGUGAAUGUUCAAGAGUUAUUGGCACAGGUAUUGGAUAUUGUGUUCAAAAAUUUAUUGCUUAAAGAUGUCGACGAAAAUAUUAUUACGGAUUUAAGGAAAUCUGUUCAAGAGCGAACAUUAAGAGAUAGAUUUAAGAGCUAUUUAAAAAGCAUCUUUCCAUCCGUUUACACUUUGUUUGGACUCUCCACUUUAAUUGGACAACCGACAAAUAAAAUAAGGAAAACUCUUCAAAAUGCUCAACUAUCAAAGAAACUGUCAUUAGUUUUUAAGUUGGAUGAAAAAGAGAAUAUCAAGAAGCUAAAAACACAACCUGAUGAUUUAUCUUUUGGUGUUCUAUCCUCAUUUAUUACCGAAGGAUAUAUACCAAUUCUCAAUGUACUAACUGCAUUGUUCUACGAAUUGGCUAAGAAUCCCGAAGCACAAAAACGAGCUAGAAUUUCUUCUGAACACUUAGAUGCCGCUAUUAAAGAAACUUUAAGAUUACACCCACCAUACUCUGUUAUAACAAGAAAAUGUGUCAAGACAUACAAAUUUCUAGACAGUAAAAUGUUAAUAGACAAAGGCGUUACUGUAAAUGUACCAAUUGAAGCUUUACACAGGGAUAAUAUUUAUUUUAAAGAAGCUGGAGAUUUUAAACCAGAAAGGUUUUUAGAUUCGUCGGUACAUGGAUAUACUUUUCUGCCUUUUGGAGCGGGACCAAGAAAGUGCAUAGGUGAAGAGCUAUCUCUGCAAAUUAUACGUACCGUGGCCAGCAGUCUACUGAAGAAGUUUGAUGUCUACAUUGCAAUGGGGAAGACACCAUCUCAAUUGGCAUUGGUUGAUUAUAAUUUCACUAGAGUCAUUGAUGAUGAUGUUUGGUUAAGAUUCAAACCUAUUGAGUGUUAGAAAUCAUUAGCUUCCGGAACCAAAAAUGGUAAAAUGGAACGUUUACUGAAUCACUUUAGGCUGCGUUCCCACUUCCUGCGUUCCUGCGUGUCACGUGACGACAGAUAGUGGUGCAGUUUAAACUGUCCAAGCUUGUAUAUUUAAAUGAAGUAGUUCACAUUAUUUGCAUAACACGAUUAAAUAUCGUUCACGACUUUUUUGAAGUUACGACAACAGACUAUCAAAACAAAAGGAAGUGUUAGAAUGACAGUUGUCGGAAGAUAAAUAAAACAUUACAAUAAAAAUGCGAAGACAGAUAAUCGCGGGUACUAUCGUCGUCACGUUUAAUUUAUCGUUGUCUCAUAUCUACAAACGACAAGGCGGCUGCCGUGAAACGAUAAAUUGCCGUCACGAUGCAGUGGGAACAGCUAGGCAUGAAUGUCCUUCAACGAUAAAAAAGUCCACGGCAGUCACGACAGAUAGUCGUCAUAUAGGAACAGGCUAGAGACGCGACAGUCGUCCAACGAUAGAUAUUCCGUUACGAAAUAAUGGGAACGCGUCCUUAGGCGUCAUCUGUUAGCAUGCCAUAAGAACUUUUUUUUUUUGUGAAAUUUGGACUUUAGACAUAAUUAUAAAAAUAUACUUAUUUUAAAUUUUUUAGAGAAAUUAUCUAUUUAUUCCACAUAUAUAAAAAAAGUCAAUUAAGUCGGUUGUUCUCGGUUUUCCCACAUUUUUGUCUUACCAGAUUGAUAUAUAAAAGCAUUAAGUAAUCAUUAUAGGCUAUAAUUCAAACGAGAGGAAAGUUAUAUCUGGGCGUAUCUCAGUUACAUUGAGGAUGUCCUUAAAAUGGACCAGCCCAAAAAUAACAAGUGUAAACGGGCGUGUUUGAAAUAAAUAAUGAAAGAAAGAGAGAGAUAUGACGUGAAUGUGGCAGGUGGAAGUCCAUAAUCUAUGGUUAUCAUAGCGGGAGCAAGAGUGAUAGUAUGGAUGUACGUGUAACUUAAAUAUUUUUAUAUUUUCAGUGUGUCUUUUAAUGUUUAUCUGUUAAUUGUGAUGGUGCUCAAUUUGUUAGUUUUAAGACUAUUUAUUAUUUUGAGUUUCUGUAGAAGUU